AUGUGGGCAUUCGUUCUGCAAGGAAUGUGUGACCGGCUACUUCAAAGGAAAAGCUCACAAAUCAGCAGAUGUCACGACUCACUUGCCUUGCCGACGAUUGUCAGUCAAGCGCCUCACAAAAUGUCAUCAUGGAGCUCCUCGGCCAAAACUGAACAUCUGGCGACAUGUCUCUUUUGUGGUUACGACUUUUGCACAGAGUGUAAACGCAGCUAUCACGGUGUCCAAGAGUGUCCUAGAGUGUUCGAAGUUUCAGGGUCAUACAUAUGA